CAUCCCUGUUUGGUCGCGUCGAAGUAGACUUUGCAUUUCCGCACUAGCGCUCGCAGCUAAUCACGAGCAGGUGGGCUGGAUGACAGCACAAGAUGUCUGCUACAGACGACGACACCGAGCUGAGGGAUCUUCUCAUCCAGAACUUGGAGAACAACGGAGUUCUAAACAAGCUCAAGGCAGAGAUGAGGGCAGCCGUGUUCCUGGCCUUAGAGGAGCAGGACCGACUGGAGAACAAGACGCCACUGGUCAAUGAAAACCUGAAGAAAUGUCUCGAGACCAAAGAUGGUCGCCUCGUGGCCAGUCUCAUUGUGGACUUCAUGCGUGUGUUUCACCUGGACUUCAGCCUGGCUGUGUUCCAGCCAGAAAUAAACACGCAUCCGAGUACCCUGGAUAGUCGGCAGCUGCUGUGCGGGGAGCUUGGCUUUUCAGAGGCGGAGCUUAACGCAAACUCGCCAGUGCUGCUGGAGCUCGUUCGAAGAGGGGAACGCAAGUCCAAAUCUGUCCCGGCCACUGAGGUGGCGUCGCAAGAGAACAGCGUCACGGUCGACAAGGACGUUGCGGUGGCCGUGUUUGGGCACGAGGAGCUCCUUCAGCAGGCGCACGUUCCGCAAAAGGACUCGGCGCGGGACCUACCCGUGGACCGGGAACAGCAGGACGAUGACGACUCCUUUUUUGAUGACCCCUUGCCUCAGCCUCAAAAGACAUACGGAUUGCAACCGGUGGCUCGCGACAGCCAACAUAGUCCAGCGGGCUUUUUGUCGGAGACGGCGCCGACACAGGGAGGAGGAGGUGGUGGAGGUGCAUCAGAAAAGUGCCACAGUCAGACGGGUGCACGUGCCGGAAUUCUUCCCAUAUCAGUGUCAACGUCAAGAGAGAAAGCAUCCCAAGGGGCCAAGCUCCCCAGCAGAGGGGACGAGAGCGCAUCACUCCAUUUUGAGGAUGACAACGACAUUGAGUACGACGACUUCAACAGCCACCGCUCCGACUUGUACAAGAAUGAGCUGAUCAGCAGCGAAGAGAUCGAGGAAGUCUCCAUCGAGGGGCCCGACCACAGUGACAAGCUGGAGGACACCGGGGACGUGAGCAUCUCCCAGCCGAGCGCGAGCUUGGGGUGCGGGGAGCUUGGCUUUUCAGAGGCGGAGCUUAACGCAAACUCGCCAGUGCUGCUGGAGCUCGUUCGAAGAGGGGAACGCAAGUCCAAAUCUGUCCCGGCCACUGAGGUGGCGUCGCAAGAGAACAGCGUCACGGUCGACAAGGACGUUGCGGUGGCCGUGUUUGGGCACGAGGAGCUCCUUCAGCAGGCGCACGUUCCGCAAAAGGACUCGGCGCGGGACCUACCCGUGGACCGGGAACAGCAGGACGAUGACGACUCCUUUUUUGAUGACCCCUUGCCUCAGCCUCAAAAGACAUACGGAUUGCAACCGGUGGCUCGCGACAGCCAACAUAGUCCAGCGGGCUUUUUGUCGGAGACGGCGCCGACACAGGGAGGAGGAGGUGGUGGAGGUGCAUCAGAAAAGUGCCACAGUCAGACGGGUGCACGUGCCGGAAUUCUUCCCAUAUCAGUGUCAACGUCAAGAGAGAAAGCAUCCCAAGGGGCCAAGCUCCCCAGCAGAGGGGACGAGAGCGCAUCACUCCAUUUCGAGGAUGACAACGACAUUGAGUACGACGACUUCAACAGCCACCGCUCCGACUUGUACAAGAAUGAGCUGAUCAGCAGCGAAGAGAUCGAGGAAGUCUCCAUCGAGGGGCCCGACCACAGUGACAAGCUGGAGGACACCGUGGACGUGAGCAUCUCCCAGCCGAGCGCGAGCUUGGGGGUGGACUACAUGGAGGAAGUGGCCUGACGUUGCUGCCGUAUGCCACUUCCUGUUCUUCUCAUCUGCACUUUGACGCCACCCUCAGGACAAAGCAAUGAGAGGGCAGUCCCGACAUCGUGCGCCAACCUUCCCAAACGCUUCAGAACCAGAUGUCCCGCUUGAUCGGCUGCCCGAUUGGCAAAUGGGAAUGAAGGGGAGGAGACUCCCAGCUCGGCUUGACUUCCUGUCUGCGGAACGAACGGAUUCCAGAUAACCUUGUUGUCAAACUGCUUCCUGUCCCAUAAAAAUAAGACCCAUGGGUGAGUGCUGAAAGCAAACUUUUAUUAUGGAAAGAACCAAAUAGGGAACAUUUGUUCACAACAAAACGGUGAUAAGGCAUGAAUC